AUAGGCGACGACAACGCAGGGGGAGCAGAUGCGCGGAGGACAUGUUGGAAACGCGUGUGGAGUGAAUAUUCCAAGAAUCAUAUAGCUGGAUCGGAUCAUUCACAGCUUGUGCACUGUUACUUAGUGUGCUAAGGAGUGGUGGUCAGUCGUGCAUCGUGAAGUCAGCCAUUUAGAAUCAAUCUGGCUUGACUCAGCUGGUCAGAAGGGAGCGUGUUUCUGUUCACAUUUCCAGUGAUAGUCAAAUCAUUCCCUCUGGUGAAGAUAAUACGCCCACCAGCUGUUGCUACAUCGUCCUGGACUCCACUUCCCAGCUGAAUAGAUCAGAUCUCUGGCAGCAGCACCUCAAGGGAUGACGGACGAUUUGGACGUUCACGAGCUGUUGGAGGCACCCUACACUAAAAAGGUUUUCCGGAGAAAAGUGUUGCCAAAACACGGACGCCCUGGUCGUCGUAUCCAGACGGCAGCAGUGUCCGAAACCAGGACCCCGUGUCACUUGCUCUGUCGUGAUCUGUGCUUGCGGCGUCCCCCUGGUGUCAAAUAUGCUCUCUUUCCAGUGGUCCUUUCAGGGCGGCUGGACCUGACGCCCGAGGAGCGCGACGCGCGCACCGUCUUCUGCAUGCAGCUGUCGCAGCGCGUCAAGACCAGAGACCUGGAGGAGUUCUUCUCGUCGGUCGGGAAGGUGACGGACGUGCGCAUGAUCAUGUGCAACAAGACCCGCCGCUUCAAGGGCAUCGUGUACGUGGAGUUCAAGGACGUGGAGUCGGUGCCGCUGGCCAUGGGUCUGACCGGCCAGAAGCUGCUCGGCGUGCCGAUCAUGGUUCAGCCCUCUCAGGCGGAGAAGAACCGUGCGGCGGCGGCCGCCGCCGCCGCCGGCCCGGCCACUGCUCGGCCAGACGCCCGCGGCUCGAUGCGGCUGUACGUGGGCUCGCUUCACUUCAACAUCACCGAGGACAUGCUGAAGGGCAUCUUCGAGCCAUUCGGCAAGAUCGACGACAUCCAGCUGAUCAUGGACUCGCAGACGGGCCGCUCCAAGGGCUACGGCUUCCUCACGUUCAACAAGGCGGACGACGCCAAGCGGGCGCUGGAGAAGCUGAACGGGUUCGAGCUGGCCGGCCGGCCGAUGAAGGUGGGCCACGUGACCGAGCGCUCGGAGGUGGCCGCCGGCGGGCCCAACGUACUCGACUCGGACGAGAUGGACCGCUCGGGCGUCGACCUCGGCGCCACCGGCCGACUCCAGCUGAUGGCGAAGCUGGCGCAGGGUACCGGGAUGCAGCUGCCGGCGGCGGCGGCCAGCGCGCUCAACCACAAUCAGAUGGGCGGCAUCGCGGCCCAGCCAGGCAUCGCGCCGCCCAUCGCCACGCAGUGUUUCAUGCUCUCCAACAUGUUCGACGCCACCACCGCCGCCCAGAACCCCGGCUUCGACUCGGACGUGCGCGACGACGUGGUCGAGGAGUGCAACAAGCACGGCGGCCUCACGCACGUCUACGUGGACAAGGAGUCGCCGCAGGGCAACGUCUACGUCAAGUGUCCGAGCAUCGCGUCAGCCGCCGCCUCUGUCAACUCGCUGCACGGACGCUGGUUCGCCGGCAAGGUGAUCACGGCCGCGUACGUGCCGCUCAUCAACUACCACAGCCUCUUCCCGGACGCCAUGUCGGCCCAGACGCUGCUGCUGCCGCUGCGGGCCCAGCGGCCGAUGCUGUAGGCGGCCGGCGCCGCCACGGCCGCGCUGCUCCCGUCGGCUGAGCGGGCGUCGCCGUCGCGGCCGCGUGGCCCUCGGCUACCCUGCGGCCGGUGCCGCCUGAACCAGCCCCCCGCAUGAGCCGGCCUCCCCUCCGGCUGAGCGGGCGGCGAUGGUCAGCUGCUCCGGGGCCAGCCUCGGCGACCGGCGGCUCUGGCGGCCGACUGUGCAGGACGUCGCGUGGGGUGGCAGCUGCCAGUCGCGGGACGCGGUGUGGCGCGGGGAGUGGCGCGGCGUGCGCUCGAGCCGGAGGCGCCGGACAGUCAGUCGUGCUAGCGGCGGAGGGCCGGCCGCACCCAGCGAACGGACCGGCCCGCCUGGAGCGGUGCCUCGGGUCAGGCGGACGGCACGAUCACGGGUCGCGCCUGGCUGCACCACAUCAGAGACGCGACGAGACACCCUGCGACCCAAGCCGUCGUCGGGUGGGAGCAGUUCGGUGCCGCAGAGUGCACAAAUCCCCUGCCAGUGUGUGGACAGGGCGGGUUCAGUGACGCAGUGGGGGCGUAAUGCAAACAUUGGCCAGACUGCCCUCCCCCUCCCCCCCCCCCCCCCCCCCCCAGUGGAACAAAAGGGUUUUAGCGGUUCUAUGUGAAUAGUGUGCGUGCUCAUGCUGACUGUUUCGUGUGUCGCGUGGCUGAGCUGUGUGUUCGGGAUGGGGCCCAAGUGAACUACAUGAUAAAGGCUCGGAGAGAGAAGUGAGGUUCGCUGCGUAACGUGUUUUGGGGAUGCUGUUCUGUGUGAACUACAGACUUGGACGUAGGGGCCAGUGGAAUCGGCGGCCUUUGAAUGACCAGCUUGUGAAUGUGGGUGCGGGUCACCGGUGCAGUCCGCCGUUCCAGCGGAACCUGUCGGCCGGGUCUCUGUUGAGUGGUGCCUGUCGACUUCUCGUCUGGCUCCGUUAUGGGUUGCGAAGUACAAUGUAGACCGUACGCCA